AUUUAAUUCUUUACCGGUUCAUGCCUUCCGUUUUACGAAGCUUCUUAUUACAUUUUUGAUUUGAAAAAUAAUAUUUAUUAAAAAUUAUUAAAUCAGAAAAAGAUAUAUAAAUAUAAUUAUAGUAAAAAAUAUUACAAACUGAAAUGAAUGAAUUUAAAUUGCCUAAAGCUCCUAAUGGAGUAUCUGUUGCUGCUACAUGCCUUGCAGCGGUCGGCGUAACGGGUUAUGGCGUUUGGAAAUCUAUGUACACAGUGGAAGCUGGUCAUAGAGCAAUUAUAUUCUCACGUUUAGGAGGAAUUCAACAAGAUAUUUUAACUGAAGGUCUUCAUUUUCGUAUUCCAUGGUUUCAUUGGCCAAUUAUUUAUGAUAUUAGAAGUAGGCCUAGAAAAUUAUCUUCACCUACAGGAUCCAAAGAUUUACAAAUGGUCAAUAUUUCUCUUCGUGUGCUUUCUCGUCCUGAUGCACAAAGUUUACCUACAAUGUAUCGUCAGUUAGGUCUUGAUUAUGAUGAAAAGGUUUUACCAAGUAUUUGUAAUGAAGUAUUAAAAUCAGUUGUUGCAAAGUUUAAUGCAUCUCAACUAAUUACACAAAGGCAGCAGGUGUCAAAUUUAGUAAGAAAAGAAUUAACUGAACGUGCUAGAGAUUUCAACAUUGUUUUAGAUGAUGUAUCAAUAACUGAAUUAAGUUUUGGUAAAGAAUAUACUGCUGCUGUAGAAUCCAAACAAGUUGCUCAACAAGAGGCACAAAGAGCAGCAUUCUUUGUAGAAAAAGCAAAACAAGAAAAACAACAAAAAAUUGUUCAAGCAGAGGGUGAAGCAGAAGCUGCUAAAAUGCUUGGCUUAGCUCUUAGUCAAAAUCCAGGUUACUUAAAAUUACGAAAAAUUCGUGCAGCACAAAAUAUUUCUCGUACGAUUGCAAACUCUCCAAACCGUUUAUAUCUUAGCGGGAAUGGUUUGAUGUUAAAUAUUCAAGAUCCAUCAUUUGAUGAUUCCUCAGAUAAACUAAAAACUCCUGUUUUUUCAGGUGAUAAAAGGAUGAUGAGCUGGGAAAACUGGAAUGAUACAAUGCAAAGCGCGGUGAAACAUUUAACGUCUGAGCAACAAACAACAGUGAAAAUCAAUGAAAAACCCUUAAUUAAAUCUUCUGUACCCUCUUCAGAAGAACAAAUAUCUAUUCUAUUGGAUUCUGCAGAUGAUGGAGCAAAGAUGAUUGUUUCUUGAACUCAAAUUUAAAUUUAAUUUUAUAUUUCGGAAGAGAUUUUGCGAUGCGAGCUCAUCUCCUAUCUAUAUCUAAUAUAUUCCUUACCCUUAAAUCUUAUUACUGUCAUCAAUAGAUAAAAUUUUUUUUAUGUUAUAUUAAGGGA